AUGUUCUCGAAGAGAAAAGUAGUCAAGCGGAACAUUCGGAAGGUCACGGGGGAGGAAGACUCCAAUUUAAAUGGGCCCCCAAAUGAUCGGGAAGAGGAAAACUGCACCCAGGAAGAAACCACAGUGGGGCGGAGAAUAACCCAAGUAUGCAUCCCCAAGAGUGAGGCCGCUAUAGUAGCACCCCUCCCCGAAGGGGGAUCUGCAACCCAAGACGACAUCCCAAUAAGAGAGCCACCGAAUGAGGAAAAGCGUGAAGAAGCAUAUGGGAGGGGCCUCCAAAUGGCGAGUGAUUCUUCAAAUGGGAACUUCACCAAUGAGAAAGGCACUGAACAGGAAGGAAGUAAUCACCACGUGGAAAAGAACAAUGGAUCGGACGCGCCCACCUCGCUACAUCCCUUGGUACCCCCCUCACAGUUGCACCUUUCAUCGACGCCCAGCCAAGAGGCAACCACCAAGAAGGGGAAAGUCAGCAGAAGGGAGGAGAAGAAGAAAAAGGAAGAGACAAGGAAGGUUAACAGGAUGAACACGAGCUUUCACAUCUAUAGUGACGAUGAAGACGACUGUUAUGUAGCGAUUCGGAAGAGGAAGGGUGUACAGAGGGGCAUACAGAGUGGGUCCCUCCAGGUGGCGGCGGAUUCACCCGACACGGUGAAGGCUGCCAAAGGGGUGGAGGCCCACGCGGUAGAGGCCAGCCCCGCAGAAAAUGACGCUGAACAGAGGGAACCACUCCCAGGGGGGCUACCUUCACGGGAGUUUCUCAUUCGAAGGUAUGGGGUGGCUCUCCACCGAGAGGAAGCAGCCACAAAGGAGGGUGAGAAGGGCUAUCAAGCUGAGAACGGCUUCCAACACGAGGAUGGCUACCAACACGAGGAUGGCUACCAACACGAGGAUGGCUUCCAACACGAGGAUGGCUACCAAGACGAGGAGGAAAAAAAACUCAUCGAAAGGAUAAAGCUGAAGAAACAGAUUUUACGAAAAAAAAAAAAAACUCAGUGA